AUUUGUUUUAGACAUAUAUUUUGAAAUAUUUUGGUUUUGUUUUGCUUUAGGCUUUGUGCCUUGAAGUGGUUUCACAUUUAGAAAAAAUUUACUUUUAUAAAAUCAUGCUGAUGUAACUCAUGGUUUAGCUAAACCCAUUCCUACCAUUCAUACGAGACUGAGGAUAGUUUUGUCUGUAAACUUUUAUUCUGACAAUUUAUGGAGGAGGAUGAUUGGAGUACAUUAUUGUUUGAGACAAUUUCCUUCAACUGUUGAUAAUAUAACUAAUUAUCAAAUGUUUACUAUACAGAGUCAUCUUGGCUUGAAAUUCAAGGAACAGUAACUCUGUCACAGAAUAUAUCUCUGACUACAAUGCAAAUUCUUCCGCACUAAUGGCGUCUGAAUUAAAAGAUAUGAAUGAAAAAGCAGACGACGGAUACAGUCUAUUAUCUUAUUUGAAAGUUCUCCCUGGACAUUCAGAUAAUAGGCGAUUGAAAGUGAAAUGGGAUUGGAGCUCGAUGGAAAUUGCUCAGAGUCUACUUCAACAAGCUAAAAUUUUAUAUUAUAAUAACUUUGAUGUCGAUAUUUCUGGGCAAGAGAUUAUACAAGAUUAUAAAGUGAAAGAAUUUGAUUUGACUAAUCUUCAUCCUGAUACAAAGUAUUUAAUAUGUUUCCGUGUUACACGUAAGCGAUUUCUUUCACUAGAUCUGAGUAACAAUGAAACUGUAACAGUUAAACCACCAUUGCUUCUUCGUUCAAAUAUUACAAAAGCAUUGGAUAGAAAUUCUUCUAUUAAUAAACCUUAUCUACGGAAUAUUGUUCUUGAAAAGACUGGUAGUGCUAGUCAAUUGAUUUUCAAUGAUAACUCAUCAUUGAAUCGGUCACAUCGUCUACACUCGAUAAAUAUACCUAAAAUGAAUGAUGAAUAUGUCGCUGAAAUGAAAUGUCAAGUAACAUUCACGCAGUUUUUACACUGGACAGCAAUUCUAUGCAGUUUAAUUGGUAUAAUUGUUGCCUUAAUUUUAUCAAUUAUAAUAUUUCUUGUCUUGAAAUCCCGUGCUUACAGAACAAAACAUCAUGAUAGAAAAAUGUUUUUAAAUCAAAAAGGCCAGUUAUCAGCACGUAGAAUUGGAAGUGGUGAAGAUGAAGAAGACGGUGAGGAUAUGUCCAAUGCGAAUAAAUUACGUCAUCCGCAUAAUCAUCCUCACCACCAUCAUCAUCAUCACCAUCAUCCUCAUUCUGCACAUCAUCAUCAUCAUUGUCAUCAUGUACCACAUCCACACAAUCAAAAUCAACAUCAUGCUCAUUAUCAUUGUCAUUUGAAUUCUUCAAAAAAGUCAUUAGUUAAACCGGAACAUUCUACACGAUGUGCAAAUCAUCAAAAAACUAAAUCCUCUUCAUCAUCGUCACUAUCUUCACCAUCUUGUCUUAAGUCAUCCGAUAAGACGGGAAUAAUUCGAGAUAAAUCAUCAAGACAUAAUUUAACAACUACAGAAGUGGUUUGUGAAACGCAUUCAAUGAAGCCCAAUAAUAAUAAUAAUACAAAUGAGUUACAUUUAUCUGAAAAACAAUUAGAAGAUUGGGAGAAUGAAUUAAAGAAUAUUGAAGAAUCCAAUGAUACUGUAACUGAUAAUACUAAAAAAUCAAUACCCGUAGUAAAACCUCCUGAUGUUGUUAAGAAUAAUAUCUGCAUACCUUCUGUGAAUAGUGUUAAAACUCAAAAGACAUCACAAACUAUUCAACAGGAUUCAGUAACACUACUAGAAAGUAUAGAAUCUGUUAAAGAGAUGGAGACGAAGAGGACAGUUUCUUUUAAAGAUGAUACACCUGUACAAAUAAAUCAAAAUCCACUGAAAAAAGAUGUACACUUGACAAAUAUGACAUCAACACACUCGACUUCAUUUGAUUCGCACAGCGAUGACAUGUAUAAUUUGAGCAAACCAAUUAGUAUAUCCGCUAGAGAAUCCCAUCUUAUACACUCUAGACAUCAUAUACCAGAAAAUCUCAUAUCCGAUGGAAAUAAUGAUUCUUUAUUGUUUAAUUCAAAGCAUUCUAUAAAUAAACAAGUCAGCGUUAACAAAAAUUUAUCUUAUUCCAGUAAUAAUAAAGACUACAAUAAAAAGUAUGAAAUAUGUAGUCCACUACUCAGUGAUAUUGAACAAAAACCACAAUCACCGUCUAUUUAUGAUAAAAAUCAAAAUGACUUUAACACUCCUUUAAUACCCAAUUCAUCAAAUAUUCAAGGAGUGACUACAUUAGUCCCUAGUGUACAAAACCCAUCAACAACUGGGAGAAAAUUAGCUACACCAACAACGACAACAGAUAAUAAUAUACUACUGAGUACAUCAACAGAUAGUAGAAAAAAUUUUCUUGAAAACGAUAAAAAUUGGCUUCUGACAACCAAAGAAUCAUCAAAUCUGUUAAUAGGUCAAAAUGAACAAAAGUCUAUUUUUCAUACACAAUUAAUUGAAACCCUGUGAUAUACUGUUACUAUUAAUAUUAUUCUAUACCAUAUAUAUAAUUAUGAAAGAUUAACACUACUAAAGUGGUGUGCAUCUUUCUGCUGUUGUUUUGUUUUUGUUUUUACAGAAUCGUCUUUAACCUGUAAACAGUACACAGGAGAGAAGUCUCCGUGUAUAUUAGUCUUUCUUGUAUGUAUAUUUCCAAAGUUCUUUCGUUUUUACAAACAACCAUGCUGACUCAACGAUUGUGUAACAGAUGUUCUCAUGUCUUUUAACUUCCUCUUCUUUUCUUAUAUUGUUAAUAUAACACUAAUUUUAUUUGUUUAAUUUAACAGGAAAAAGUAGCAGACAGAAGUAUUUUAUUGUCAGUGGUUUUGAUUGUUAUAAGCACGGUUGUAUCUGUUCCCACUACCAGUACGACUAGCAACAACUGCUACUACUAAUAAUACUACAAACACUACAGCUUCAUCAGUGUCAUCAAUGACAAGAUAUACUGUUUUAAAAUUACACCUAAUAUUAAAUUGUUCUCACUUCAUUUAUUUCUGUUUUCAUUUCUUGGUUGACUGGUAAAUGAAAAAUGCUAUGAAGGUAAACUUGAUCAGAAAUCUGUAGUUUUGUUAUACCUUUGUUAUAACUUCAAAGACUGUGUUAAACGGUUUGUGUUCAUUUGUGUAAGAAAGUUCAUUUUGGUGUUUUUUACCUCUGCUUAAAUUUUGUCAACAAAAAAAACCAGUUAGGCAUAAUACAUUUUUCUGGAGAAAUGAAUCUAUG